UGAUGCGAUUUGUUUUGAUUCGCGAUCGCGAUAGUUUCUUUCGAUGCGGUGCAAGCAGCUGCGGUCUCACUCGUCGCGUACCUAUACUUUUUGCUAUGGAUUCCGCGGACGAACCCGUUGAGAAGCGUGCCAAAUCGUCCGCUACCAUGGAGGACAAAAGCGAUGACGGCGGCGUACCGGUACGGUGUCGGCACUUUGUUCAACGGAAGAAGCGCUACUGCAAGAUGACGGUCGGCCGAGGUAAGCAGUACUGUGGCGAACACGAGGUUCACGCCGUGACCGACACUGCCAACAGUGGUGAGGAUCAAUCGGGAGGACGGAUCCCGUGCCCUCUGGAUCCGAAGCACUCGAUUUCGGCGGCCAAGCUCGAGAAGCACCUGAAGAUUUGCAAUGCGAAACCGAAGGAUCGGCCGUCGUACAUCGAGGUGGGAAUUAACGCCAGCUCGGAUGGGGAAGGAAGCGAGAUGGCGAACGAUGAAGCAGGCCUGAAGCUGUCGGACGUUCCAGUGGAUCAGUUGAAAUCUCUGGUGCGGAAGGUUGAGGGCAUUUUUGAGGAGACCCAAAUCGGGAUGAUAGAAGAGAUGAUGCUGGAGCAUGAAGCGUUCAAAGAGGAACUGCGAAACGAGUCCUACGGGCCACAAACACUGAAGCAUCUGGUCCAAUCCGCCUCGCUGUUGGGCAUUUUGGAGCGGGAGAGUUUCUUCCAGGAUGACGUAGCUUUUGUGGAGUUUGGAGCAGGCAAAGGCCAGGUCGCUUUCUGGUUGGCCACGGCGCUGCAACAAUCCAAACUGAAGAACGUUAAAGUGUUCCUGGUGGAUAAGGCCUCCCAUCGGCACAAGAAGGAUAACAAGAUUGAAGAUCGGGAACUGAUUCAGCGGGUGCGGGCGGAUAUCGGAGAUUUGGUGCUGAGGAAGCUGGAGGUGCUUAAAGACAGUCGGAAGGUCGUUGGCGUGGGGAAGCACCUUUGUGGCGGGGCCACGGACCUUGCGUUGCGAUGUCUGAUUCGCGCCAAUAAGGACGGGUCUGGAGGAGAUGUGUUGCGGUCCGAGGGGUUUGUGUUUGCCCUUUGUUGCCACCAUCGGUGCGACUGGAAAACGUAUGCGGGGAAGAAGUUUCUAUUGCGGAAGGGAAUUAGUAGGAAGGAAUUCGACUUGGUGGUGAAAAUGGUCAGUUGGGCGGUUUGCGGCACCGGCACCAGUCGGGAAAGACGGAACGCCGAAGAAGAUGGUGAAGGGGGCGGCAUCAAGUACGCCAUGACGAGAACUGAACGCGAAGAGGUUGGUAAGAAGUGCAAACGAAUGCUCGACUGGGGCCGGAUACAGUAUUUGAAGGAGAACGGAUUCGACGCAGGGCUUAACAUAUAUGCUAAACCUGAAGUCACGCUAGAGAAUGUAUGUCUUAUUGGGCAUAUCAAAUAAACUGAGUGAUGACCCGAUAUGGUCUCUACUGCCAUG